AUGUCUGACGCCCCAGCAAAAGGAGGAAAACAGGCCCCAAAGGUUGCCAAGAAGGGGGAGAAGAAAGCAGGAGUUGGCAAGAAAGGUGGCAAGGCUGCCUCUGGAGAUAAGAAGAGGUCGAAAAAGCGCAAGGAGAGCUACUCGAUUUACAUCUACAAGGUACUUAAGCAAGUCCAUCCCGAUACCGGCGUUUCCAGCAAGGCCAUGAGCAUCAUGAACUCCUUUGUCAACGACAUCUUCGAAAGGAUUGCUCAAGAAGCCUCGCGUCUCGCCCACUACAACAAGAAGGCAACGAUCACGUCGAGGGAAAUCCAGACCGCCGUCAGGCUUCUCCUUCCCGGUGAACUUGCCAAGCAUGCUGUCAGUGAGGGCACCAAGGCCGUUACCAAGUACACAAGCAGCAAGUAA